AUGGUGUCCUUGCUGAACCUGGGUGAUUGUGGCAUCAUGGUGCUGAGGCCCAUGCAAAAGCUGCCCAGGUUCCAUGGCGGCACCGUGACCACUGAGAUGCGACACCUCUACAGGUCCACCGCGAUGCUCCACCGUCGGAACCUCCCCUUGCAGCUGAGCUCGGAGGACAAGGACUUCUCCAGCCUCGAAGAGCAUUAUGAUUUGGUCACGCUGAAGCUCAGGAAGGGUGACCUCCUCAUCGCCGGCACCGAUGGUCUCUAUGACAACAUCGGGGACCUGGAGUUGAAGUCCCUGGCAUUAGCCCAUCACCAAGGCCGGGAGCGCUCAGCGCAAGCCUUUGCAGACGGGCUACUUCAGCGUGCAGCUGAUGCAGCCCGGGCACCCGCCGAGUUCGGCCCGGGCGGCAAGUUGGAUGACAUCGCAAUCGUCGUGGCAGAGGUGGUGACAGCCUCUCCGACCAUUUCAGGGAAGCUCCUGGCUAAUACGGAGGAUGCUGCGGAAUGA